GCUCUCAAGCUGCUCCACUGAACAAAAUGGGCCCGAGCGACGACAACAGAUGAAAAAGACUCGCUGUUUGUUUAGUCUUCCUUUUAGUUACACUUUUAAUUUUGCUAAUGUUGGUUACCUACAGCUUAUUUAUAGCUCGCAUUUCUUUUAUAAGUGUUGGAUCUCCUAGCGAUGUGUCUAUAAGACUGGAGAAAUAGGCGAAAUAUUUGAAACGGAACUUGUGUGUCUCCGAUUACCAAGGAAGGCAUGUUUGAUCAGCUGCAAGGGAACUCGGAAUUUAAACCGUGAUAAAAUUUGGUUGUACUUGUUAGUGGUGCAGAAAGAAGCUGCCUUUGGACCCUGGUUAGAAUUCAGCCUACGGAUGUGCUAAGUAUUUGGCAUUAGUUCUUCAUUUACGACGUCAUCGCUGAUCAUUAAGAAAGUCGGUGUUGCUGCGUAAACCGUCACCUUUUUCUUUCUCCGUUAUCCUGAAGAAGAUCGAAUGAAAUGCCAUCGAUGGCAACACUUCUAUAAGCAAAUGGAUCUUUCGCAAUUGUGACAUUUUUCUGAAGAUUCUUGGUGGCCACCCUUUUGAUCUCUCAACAGGAUAAAGUGGAUGGUGUCCAAAAGAUGUCAACCGUGCAGAACGACCAUAUCAACGUCGCUUUGAACAACAAGAACGGCUAGUCCUUGAAAUGAUCUUCAUUUCUCAAGGACUUGUUUAGAUAUUUUAUUGUGGUCCUUAGCUCAGCAUUGCUGAAUAAUCCAAAUAUCUCAAGAAUCGAAAGAAGUUUUUGGAUUGGCAGUUAGGACACAUUUUUUUCAAACAAAACAAUGUUUGUUUAGCAAAUUCGAUUUUUUUUCAAUUCAAUAACUUACAAACGUUUUAUCACGAGAGUUUGGAACUAAACUCGAAAGAUCUGAAAAACAUUGGUAUUUUGUUUCAAAAUGCCAAGUAAUUCAAGUAUUAAUCCUAGCUUAGUGGCAAAGUUUGGGAACCUCAGUGUUGACUCAAAGCCGCCAACAGGAUUAUCUAGAGAAAAGGCCAAGCCUUUACUCUUGAAGUCAAACUCCAGUCCAAUUACUUCUGUUGCAAGUAAACCAAGCCUUGUGCCCCACCCGCCGCAGAUGCGGAAACCAGUUAGUGUACCAUCAUCACCUAAAAAGCCAACACCCCCUUCAACACCCAAAGGAAAGACUAACUUCACUAGGAAAUUUGUCCGCUCUGAAGAGCAAACAACUUGCGAAUAUCGUAUGUGUGGUGAUGGAGAGGCAAAUGCAGACCAUGAGGAGUUUGCUGAGCAGGCUGAUGGCAGCUAUGUUGGAUGGGAGAGGCAGCCAGGGGAUGGGUGCUUCUCUGAUAUCACAGAAGAAGGGGAUAGUGAUUUGGAUGAUUAUGGAAAUGAAGAUAUUGAAGAAGAUGAAGCACUGGACAAUUUGGAGGGAGAAUACUUUGAUUGCGACGAAAUGGCAGAAGAAGAUUUAGGGUUUUCAGAGGAUGAUGAUGAUGAUAGCAUCUCCAUAGCAACCUCAAAUGCUUCAAUAUCUAAAUCAUCAUCAGCAAAAUCCAGAGUACAAAGUGCUCGCCUUAGUGUUAACCUUAGAAUCACCUCUGGUGAUUUUCCAAACAGUAAGCCAAAGCUUUCUGGAGAUUUAUCAUGCAAAGCCAAGGCCAAUAGCUGGAUAGAAUCAGAUGCCAAUCAACCCACUAAGCCUGCGUUAACAGCCAGCCUGUUUGCCUAUGUUCAGCCCACUAUCCAUUUCACAGUGGAAGGGGAGAAAGUGGAAUCCUUGCCUUCAGAUCUCAGAAAAUUAUUAAGAUGGAAAAUGAGCUCAAUCACUCCAAAUGUUGUCAAGCAGUGUAUUGCACGGUCUGGGUUUAGACCAACUAAACGUGCUCAUGAUUGGCUAGGCUACUGGGGAAAGCAUAUGAAAAGCACAACCUUUAAAAGUAUUAGAGAAUAUCAGAAGGUCAACCAUUUCCCAGGAACCUUUCAAAUAGGGAGGAAGGACCGGUUAUGGCGCAACCUAUCAAAAAUGAUGGUACAUCAUGGCAAGAAGGAGUUUGGAUUCCUGCCCCAAACAUAUGUGCUUCCUUAUGACUUCAAAUUGCUAAAGAGAGCAUGGGACGAAGGCGGUAGUAGACAGAAGUGGAUCCUAAAACCACCGGCUUCUGCAAGGGGAAUUGGAAUUAGGGUGAUACAUAAAUGGACACAAAUUCCAAGAAAACGCCCAGUCAUUGUGCAGAAGUACCUUCACAAGCCAUUCCUUAUCAAUGGUAGCAAAUUUGAUCUUCGUAUUUAUGUCUAUGUAACAUCGUACGAUCCCCUGCGUAUCUACAUUUUUGAAGAUGGGCUGGUUAGGUUUGCAACCUGCAAGUACUCCAGUUCUGUUAAGUCACUAAGCAAUAGGUUCAUGCACCUGACAAACUACAGUGUGAACAAGAAGAACGAAGGCGCUUACCAGUCUAAUGCGGAUGACUCUAUCUGCCAGGGACAUAAAUGGAGUCUGAAAUCGCUGUGGGGCUAUUUCAAGAGAAUGGGAAUCAACCACGCCCAAGUCUGGGAUAGUGUCAAGGACGUUAUAGUCAAAGCAAUCAUAGCAUCUGAUUCUUUUGUAAACACACUUAUCAAGCAGAAUGUCAGGCAUAGGUCAUGUUGUCAUGAGUUGUUUGGCUGUGAUGUCAUGUUAGAUGAAAACCUGAAACCAUGGCUACUAGAAGUCAACAUCUCACCCAGUCUUCACUCAAAUUCUCAACUUGACCGUAACAUCAAAGGACAGAUGAUAAGAGACCUCAUGAACUUGGCAGCUUUUCGCAUCCCAGAAAACCUUGUCACCACCACAACUGCAAGUGCAAGCAGUCUAAAUUCUUUUGUUCAAGACAAGAGCACCACUUCCUUGUCAUCUGAUGAAAGAGCAAAGCAUGCUUUCUAUGUUGGCCGCAACGUUGAUGAGAGAACACGCCAGUCAAUCCUUGAUAUUCUCACUCCAAGUGAUGUCAGGAUUCUGAUGGAGACAGAGGAUGAGUACAGUAGACGUGGCUGCUUUCAGCGAGCUUUCCCUUCCAUGGUGUCUCACAAGUACCUACGGUUCUUUGAGUCUACACGAUACUACAAUAUUUUGUUGGACGAAUGGACACGCAAGUUCAUGAGAGAGGGAAGAAGUACUGCACUAGGUGUUGCCAUCUUACAAGGUCUUGCCGAACAGAAGCUUCACCUUGGACCAACGACGGACCCAAACCACCAGUGGAGCUGUCCACAAGGCAUGUCAUAUCGGUCGUUAUCUGCACCUGCUGUAGGGCUUGAUCAUUGUGUACUCAAACCAAGACUUCUCUCAGCUCCUAUAAAUCGUGGUCUUCAAACAUGCUCUUUUCGUCAACGCUCUGCGAGUGCAUCAGUUGUAUUAAACCGUUCUUUCAAAACUAGAGGAUCGAGGUACGAUUCGUGAACUCCUUUUUGUUGAAUGUGAUUUUAGUGGUGGUCGUUGAUGUGAGGUAACUGUUGCAGUUCUUGUUGGUAAUAAUGUAGCUUAUGUUAUUUUUUUUUUUUUUUUUUUGCUGUUGGUUUUAAAGUCGCUGCUUGUGUUGGCGCUGGUAUUGUCUUCAUUCAUGAUCGCCUGGUUGUAUAUUUUUUUCUUAUUGCGAUGGUUGUCUUUUCUGAUUGUUCAAUUUCUUGCCUUUCCUCUAUCACUCUUAUGUUGUGUUUCUUUCUUUCUGUGAACUUCCUUUUUAAGUGUUAAGUCUAAAUUGUCUCCGAGAAAACUGAAACCCAAGUCAGCUCCAUCCUCAAGGAGACUAAAGGUUUCUCUUUCUCCGAGACCAGCAAGGUAAAAACAGGUCUUUAUUAGACUAAAGGUUUCUCUUUCUCCGAGACCAGCAAGGUAAAAACAGGUCUUUAUUAGACUAAAGGUUUCUCUUCCUCCGAGAGCGGCAAGGAAAAAACAGGUCUUUAUUAGACUAAAGGUUUCUCUUUCUCCGGGACCGGCAAGGUAGAAACAGGUCUUUAUUAGUGUCAUGCCAGCUUAGCGAGACAGUUUUCCGGCAUGCGCUACA